AUGAGUUCCUCCUGGGUGGUUGUGAUCCAAUGUUCGGUUCUUCGAGGGAGUGCUCGUGUUUAUGAUUCCGUAGAUGAGCGGUGGAAAAUGAACCCUGUUCCAAUAUGGUACGUGACGGUGUGCCCAAAUUCUGCAAACCCCUUGGGAAUUCUCGGCUUAGCCUGGUCUGGCUGUUGGGGAGUUGGCAGCGUGGCCGAUCCUGUGUGCUCCGAGGGUCGGACAGCGGUGCCGGCCGGAGGAGAUGACAACAUGCUUCCAGGCACACCCAGCAGGUUUGGAUGGAUCAGCUUCAGCUUGCGAGGCCGAGCGGAAGCUGCCUAUGCAUGUGCUGUGCUCUGCAGUGUGCUGGCAGCUGCACAGCGGUACUGGAAUCUGCAGCAGCAAUACGACGCGAGCAGCUCGGAGUUGGCGUGGCUUGAGAUCUUGUCAUGGAUGAAGUAUGGCGUGAGGUUGAGGCUGGUAAUCAACGUUGAAUAUUCCCGGUCAAUUUCCCCGCACUGCUCAACCCCACCAACUUUCUCAAAGCUUCGAAUUCGCAACUACGAUGACCGCAGAUCAGCAUGCGACGAUCAGCAACAGGCUCCAAAUGAAUCGCUGUUGGACUCGUCACCAGAUUCGUGGUUGCGAAAGUGUCGUCUGCACCAAGUCAACGCGUCUAUCCUGACUAUCUUGCAGUCUUAUUUCUCUCUAAUUCUUGUUACGGGUGUCGACUUGUCAGCAAUUUUCGAACCAGUCGUCAUCAGCUGUAGUAGCUGUGGAUAUUGCCCCAAAACACCAAGUAAUCCAGUGCAAGCCCGCCAAACUUCAACGGCCGGCGAUGUGGAUAUCAUAUACCCCUUCUUUCGGCCGACCAAGGGUGUCCCUCGCGGCGAAGAUAUGCGGAACCCUAACACGGAGACUCCGGUCUUACUCUGGCGGAGAUUGAACCUCAAAUUCGAGCAUCAUGUUUCCAACAAACGGUGUCCUAGUCGGAGGCGGUCCGAAGAGAUUAGAGCCUUCGCGCGUCUCCUUCAAUGCAGAACUUUUGUUGGCCGCGCCGUCCUAUCCUCUAGCCUCCAUCUUCCAUGGGAGAAACCACCAAGCAAGAAUUUGAAUGCAUUCGACCUUCCUCUUUCGACAUGGCGCGUCGGCUGGUACCCGGUGCGAGCUCAGCAAUCGCUGCAGUCUGACAUGAAUCGGCACUUUGUCCCGCCGACUCUCUGGGUACAAUGGCGUUUGCUCACCAAAAGCCUCCCAAUGAUGGCGAGGGCAGUCUCAGUGCUUACGUUCUCAAUCUUUGCCGCCGACACGACGACAUGGACUCGUAGCUCAUCUCUGAUACUUGCAAAGCAGCUAUGUUUCGCUAAGGCUCCGCGUCAACUUGGCAAAGAUUGCGCAAACUUGUUGGUCAGAUCAGAAAAGAUGUCGCCUGACGUGAGUCAACAACAGGCAUCAACGCCGGGCCCGAGAACCAUUGAGUUUGACCCAGCAUUGGCCCCUGGUAUUCUCAGCGAAUAG